UCUAUUCUAUUCACUAAAGUUUUAUAGUCCUUUGAAGAGAAGAACACUGAAAAACAUGUCGUCCAGAAAGUUACCGAGAAAAGAUAAACUCAGUGUGGAAGGUUUGAGACCAUCAACUUCACGUGGAUCGAACUCGUUGCAGAGCUCUUUCGUGAGGAAAAAGUCACCAAAUAGACUAAGAAAGGUAGCACCAUCAGCAGACAAAGAAUGGCAGAAGACCACCCUGACUAAGAUUAGGAAAUAUUUGGAACAGUUUGAUCCCGACAUCAAGCUGAUUCCACUAUCCACACAAAUGUUUAUUUACACAACCAAUCUGCUUCUUAGAACCAACGUCGAUCCUAAAAUCGAAUUGACGAAAGGUAAUUAUCAAGAAGAGUUACCUUUCUACUUGAACAUUUUGGAAUAUCCAUACACGUUAUCCACUUCCAUCUUGAAGCAUCCCAGCGUGCCGCAUUCGUUGCCAGCAAUUUUAGCCAUGUGGCUUUACCUAUUGGAUCUGGAAUCCAAUGAUGAUGUGAAGCCAGUUUUUGAUAAAUGCCCUCAAGCAAAAGUAUAUCUGGAUUUUUGCAUUAAUUCAAUGACUGAUCCAGAUUUACAAAUUGAAUCUGUAAAUGAUGAAUUGAAUCAAAUAUAUGGAAUAAAUGAAGAUCAGAUUUCUAUAACAAUGAAUGAAAUACAAAGAUUGAAGAAGGAGAAUGAAGUGAAACAACUGCAUAAUGAAGGAUUGUAUGAAAUGAAGAAGUCCAUGGAGGUUGAAGAGUGCAAAAUGCGAGAUAAACUGUCGGAGCUUGAAAGCUUUACUUCUUGUUAUGACGAAGUCUUUCAAUCGCUCAAACAAACUGAGAAUGAUUUAGAUGAAGAUUUGAAGAAUCUGAAUGAGGUCAAUAGUGAACUUAAAGAUAAGCUUGAAGCAAAUGGAUUAAACGAUUUGUCGGAUCUUCGAACGAAAAUUGCCCAGGAUUUUAACACUUUGGGAUUGUUACAAGAGAAACGCGACUACAAUAUGAAUAAAAUCACUAAAUUGGAUAAAGACAAUAUUGAAAUUAAGCGAGAAGUGGAAUCUUCAAUCUUCAAAAGUAACAACUUUAUACUAGAUUUGGGUUUGGAGCCGGAGGAGGUCAACAAAUUGAUGGCUCCGACUACAGGUUUUGGAAGACCCGAUGUUGUCGACGAUUUUAAAAACAUCUUGGGAAAAUGGACUAAACUCAUGCAACAUUCUGAAACGGAACGAAUCGAAAUUGCUAAAUUGGAUGUGGAGAUAAAUCAGAUGGAGUUGAAGCUUGCGAUGCGUCAAAGUUAUCUGAGAUUGCUCGACGAUAAAGAGUGCAAGAUUCAAGAGAAGAGUAAACUUAAAUUCGAGGUGAUGCAAGAGAAGAUUUUGGCUGCGGUUAACGAGUACGAAGGCAUACAGAAAAGCAUGGAGGAAAUUAGUCUUUACAAAAAUAACGUAGAAAAAGUUAAAUUAAAAUAUAAAGAAUUAGUUAAAAAGAACAAACAGCGUGUGGAAGAAUGCCAAGAACAUUACAAUGAAUAUUCCGAAAUGAUAUUAGAUAAUAUAAAGGAAAUGAGUGACGUCAUAAAGAGUUACACGAAACGAAUCCAAGGAGAUAUUGAUAAGGCUUUAAAAGAAUUUCAAGUGUUAACAGAGUUUUAUAAAAACACAAAACUUUGA